UUAGCCGUCUCGACCCUGACUCAUUUACUUUCUUGCGAGAGACUCUUCCCGGCCGUUCUCGCCGUAGCUGAGGAAAGUGUCGCGAGAGCUGGUUGCCUUGGCUCCCUGUAGCUAUAGCAGCCGCGGCGGUUAAUGAUGCGGCGGCAGAAGCGCUCUCUGGCACAGCUGGCUAGUCUAGUCACAGAGGAAAAGAGAAGAGACUUUCUGAAGUUCUGGAUGGAAUACUAGAAAAUGUUGGGGGCAUAUUAAAAAACAGCAGCAGAACAACAACAACAGAAAUUCCAUUUAUUUCAGACAAGCUUCUUAGCUUUGUGGAAUCUAUGUCAGUUGCUUAGAACUUGGGUUUUUACUUCAGAGGAUGAUGGGACGAGGCAAUAGAAGGCGAGGAGGUUUGCGUUGGAUUCUUGCUUAUCCGUCUGCCUCUCCUUCCAGUUGGAAAAUUCUUCAAUCCACAAGAAGCAUUAUAAACAAGCCUAAAGAACACAUCCUACCCUGAUCCUGGAUUCUGUUGGAGUUGAGGAGUACAGCCACUUCACCAGGGUUUUAUGGAGGCAGUUCAAGAAAAAUCGAAGGAAGGAUUUCUCUGUUUGAAUUAAUCCUGUGCCAUGUUACAUUUUGGGCAUUGCUUGGAGCAAGUAGAGGACAGCUCUGUCAUGUGGAUCUAAGGAUACCUGAGUUUCUUGAGCUGCAUAUAUGAUGUUUGAAAUGUUGUCAAUUUAAAAUCUUUCAACAUAAAUUUGUUAAAUUCUGGAUUCUCUUUAUAUUAAGGACUUCAGCAGACAGAAACUCCCUCCCCAAAAGAUACAAAACUUCCUCUGUGUUUUCAGGCUAAAUGUGAACAAUAAUGUCUUGGAAGAGAAAUUAUUUUUCAGGGGGCCGUGGUAGUGUCCAAGGGAUGUUUGCUCCUAGAAGCUCAACCUCCAUAGCCCCCAGCAAAGGCCUCAGCAAUGAGCCAGGACAAAACAGCUGCUUCCUCAACAGUGCCUUGCAGGUUUUAUGGCACUUGGACAUCUUCAGACGUAGCUUUAGGCAGCUUACAACUCACAAAUGCAUGGGAGAUUCCUGCAUCUUUUGUGCUCUCAAGGGAAUCUUUAACCAGUUUCAGUGCAGUACUGAAAAAGUGCUUCCAUCUGACACUCUCCGCAGUGCUCUGGCAAAGACUUUUCAGGAUGAACAGCGUUUCCAGCUGGGAAUUAUGGACGAUGCUGCGGAGUGCUUUGAAAACCUCCUGAUGCGGAUUCACUUCCACAUUGCUGAUGAAACCAAAGAGGACAUAUGCACUGCCCAACACUGCAUCUCCCACCAGAAAUUUGCAAUGACGUUGUUUGAGCAGUGUGUAUGUACUAGCUGUGGCGCCACUUCUGAUCCGCUGCCUUUCAUCCAGAUGGUGCAUUAUAUCUCCACUACUUCCCUUUGCAAUCAGGCUAUUUGUAUGCUGGAAAGACGAGAAAAACCCUCACCAAGCAUGUUUGGUGAGCUGCUGCAGAAUGCCAGCACCAUGGGGGAUCUGCGGAACUGCCCGAGCAACUGUGGAGAGAGGAUUCGGAUUCGCCGUGUGUUGAUGAACGCUCCACAGAUUAUCACAAUUGGGCUGGUAUGGGACUCGGACCACUCAGACUUGGCAGAGGAUGUCAUUCACAGCCUGGGCACCUGCCUUAAGCUGGGUGACGUGAGUCUGUUUUUCAGAGUGACAGAUGACCGGGCCAAGCAGUCUGAACUGUACUUAGUAGGAAUGAUCUGUUACUACGGCAAACAUUAUUCUACAUUCUUUUUCCAAACAAAGAUCCGCAAAUGGAUGUAUUUUGAUGAUGCUCACGUCAAGGAGAUUGGGCCCAAAUGGAAGGAUGUGGUGACCAAAUGCAUCAAGGGACAUUAUCAGCCUUUGCUGCUGCUUUAUGCAGACCCCCAGGGUACCCCAGUGUCCACCCAGGACCUGCCCCCCCAAGUUGAGUUCCAGUCGUACAGUGGGACAUGCUACGAUAGUGAAGAUUCAGGGAGGGAGCCCUCCAUCUCAAGUGAUACUCGAACAGAUUCCUCAACGGAGAGCUAUCCCUACAAACACUCCCACCAUGAGUCUGUGGUCAGUCACUUCUCUUCUGAUUCUCAGGGAACAGUCAUCUAUAAUGUGGAGAACGAUUCCACGUCUCAGAGCAGUCGGGACACAGGACACCUGACUGAUAGUGAAUGUAAUCAGAAACUCCCAUCCAAGAAAGGGUCACUGAUAGAGCGCAAGAGGAGCUCUGGUCGGGUCAGAAGGAAAGGCGAUGAGCUUCAGGCCUCAGGGUACCACAGUGAAGGAGAAACACUGAAAGAGAAGCAGGCUCCUAGGAAUGCCUCCAAAUCAUCCAGCAGCACCAACAGGCUAAGGGAUUUUAAAGAGACAGUCAGCAAUAUUAUCCAUAACAGACCAUCCCUGGUUUCUCAGACCAACCUAGGAUCUCCCUGUGGGGGGAGGGGAGGAGACCAGACUGACAAAAAACCUCCUCGGAACCUGCCUUUACACUCUCGUGACUGGGAAGUAGAGAGUACCAGCAGUGAGUCAAAAUCCAGUUCUUCUAGCAAGUAUCGUCCAACAUGGAGACCCAAACGGGAGUCUCUCAAUAUUGACAGUAUCUUUAGUAAGGAAAAAAGGAAGCACGCUGGCUAUACGCAGCUUAGCCCCUUUUCUGAGGAUUCAGCUAAAGAAUUUACACCAGACGAAUUAAGCAAGCCACCUGCUUACGACAUUAAGACUGGCGGACCAAGACCCCAGUACAAGAUCUGGGGCCCAUUACGGCCAGGCUGUCACCUUUUAGAGCAGCACCCUCGCCUAAUCCAGCGAAUGGAAUCUGGCUAUGAGAGCAGUGAGAGGAACAGCAGCAGCCCUGUCAGCCUGGAUGCAGCCCUGCCUGAGAGCUCGAAUGUCUGCAGGGAUACAAGUGCUAAGAGAUCAGCUGGGUUGGCCCCUUCCUGGCGUCACAUCCCAAAGUCUCACAGUAGUAGCAUCCUGGAGGCAGACUCCACAGUAUCCAGGAGUGGCUGGACAAAGAAUCAGCCCCUCUCAGGUGGGGAGAUAUCUUCCAAAACUGAACUGGAUGAAUUGCAGGAAGAGGUGGCCAGAAGGGCCCAGGAACAGGAACUUCAAAGGAAACGAGAGAAGGAAUUAGAGGCAGCUAAAGGGUUUAACCCUCAUCCCAGCCGCUUCAUGGACUUAGAUGAACUGCAGAAUCAGGGGAGGAGUGACGGCUUUGAGAGGUCCCUACAAGAGGCAGAUUCAGUGUUUGAAGAGUCGCUGCAUCUGGAACAGAAGGGAGACUGUGCUGCCGCUUUGGCUCUCUGUAACGAAGCUAUCUCUAAACUAAGACUUGCCCUGCAUGGUGCCAGCUCUAGCACGCACAGCAGAGCCCUAGUCGAUAAGAAGCUGCAAAUCACUAUUCGAAAAGCACGGAGCCUGCAGGAUCGCAUGCAGCAGCAGCAACCAUCUCAGCCGCCGUCGCAGCCCUCAGCCUGCCUCCCCUCACAGAGGGGAGCCCUCCCUCAGCCAACAAGUGAACAGCCUAUCCCGCUCCAAGUAUUGUUAAGCCAGGAGGCCCAACUGGAACCCUACAUGAAUACAGAGUUUGGGGCCAGUUCUUUCAUCUACUCAUCCGCUUCCUGCCAUGAGUCACACUCGCCAUUAUUCCCAGAGUCAUCUGCCCUGUCUGCUCCACAGCACAAUUCCUCUGGUGGGUCUGCCUCGAACCUUCUUACUUCUGUUGAGGUGGACAGCAUUGACCCCUCUGUGUUCCACAGGCAGGGCUUACAUAAAACACCAGGGAGAACUGAGAAGAAUUCUCAUCAUGGUUGGGAACCAGAGGGUGAGCUGCAAAGCUACAGGGGGGACAACAGCAGCUGUACAAGGUUCCCCCAACAAGGAGGAAGAGGCACUGAUCAAGAACAGCUAUUUCAAGAAAAGAGGGAUCCUGCUGACUCAUCCCAGGUGAUGCCUUGGCUACAGCCAACUGGAACAACCACCUCUGAGAGAGGAGAUGCACACAGUCUAGGCUGUGGUCCUUCAAGUUCAUCAGCUCAGCCCAGCCUUUCUCUGUACAGGGCCUGCCACUCCAUAAUGCCUGCUCCUUCCUCUUCUGUGCUUCACUCUCCUAAUACCUUACAGAAAACUAACCAAUGCCUCCAAACCCAAAGCCUCAAAACUUCAUUGACUUCAAAAGUGGACGGAGGCAGCGAGGACCCCUAUAGGCCAGAGUUUCCUACUGCAAAGGGGCUUGUCCGCUCUCUGGCAGAGCAGUUCCAGAGGAUGCAGGGCACCUCCACAAGGGAUGGUACAGGUUCCCAGGAUAGAAGUUUGCCCAACAGUCUAAGGAAGGACUCUUCCCUUUCUGACUCAAAGCCUCCAUUCCCACAGGGUCAAGGGAAAGGUCAUUGGCCUUGGGCAAAACAACAACCCUCUGUGGAUGGUAGGAACAGACUGCCUUCCUGGGGAGAGCCUGCUGAUCAUCCUUCUCUUGCCAUGAACUCUGGGCUGCCUAAUGGUGAAACUUCUAGGGGAGGACAGUCCAGGUUGGCAGAGUCAGGUAUUUACCAUGGGAAACCAUCUCAAGUGAGAGAUGCUAGGCCUAAGGAGCUGGGCAGCAGUGUCAACUUGGGAACUUCCUUGCCUUUGGAUUCCUGGUUGAAUGUUACAAGGCUUUGUGAUUCUCAGCUUGGGGUCCCUGGGCCAGGAAUGAAGUCCUCCCCUCCUGAUUCCCAUACCUGUGUAACUUAUCCAGAAAGAAACCACAUCCUUUUGCAUCCACAUUGGAACCAAGACACAGAGCAGGAGACCUCAGAAUUGGAGUCUCUCUACCAGGCCAGUCUUCAGGUUUCUCAAUCUGGCUCUUCUGGAUGGGGGCAGCAGGAAGUGGCCUGGAACCCACUGAGCCAAACAGGCUCUACAGAUGGUGUAGGAAGGAGGUUGCGCUCAGCCCCUGGCCUUGAUCUCUCAAAGACCCCAACAGCAGAAAUAGAGCACAGUCUCCAUGAAGCCAAUACAGUGUCUACUUCUCAGGCUGCACCUGGCCGAGGCCCCAGCAGGGAGUGUGGGGAGGAUGAUCAGUAUGGUGCAGAGAACUUUCGGCGCAUCUCACGCAGUCUCAGUGGCACCGUUGUCUCAGAGAGGGAGGACGUCCCAGUCUCUUCCCACAGUUUUGAUUCAUCAAACGCGAGGAAAAAGCCUUUGGAAACCGGGCACCGUUGUUCCAGCUCCUCUUCCCUCCCUGUCAUCCAUGACCCUCCUGUGUUUCUCCUUGGUCCCCAACUCUACCCAUCCCAACCACAGUUCCUGUCCCCAGAUGUCUUGAUGCCCAGCGUGGCAGGGGAGCCCCAUAGACCCCCAGGAACUUCGAGGAGUGUCCAGCAGUUUCUGGCUAUGUGUGACAGGGGUGAAACUUCCGAAGCGGUCAAGCACACAGGAAGGACUUUGAACUACCGGAGUCUCCCCCAUCGAACCAGAACAGAUGCCUCCUGGGGAGCAUGGUCAGAGACCAACCAGCAUAUUGGCGCCAGAUUCCUGACUACUCCAGGGUGCAAGCCUCAGCUAACUCACACUGCCACACUACCAGAGAGACACCAGGGCCUUCAGGUUCCUCAUGCUCAGUCCUGGGAGGAUCUUUUCCAUUCACCCUCCCACGUUCCCAUUGUUUACCCUGUGUCUCUGCCGUCAAGCAGUCUUCGUGUACCCCUGAGGUCAGCUUGGAAUUCAGGUCCUGUUCCAGGGUUUCGAGCCCCUGGUCCUCGAAGAGUAGAUAUGCCCCCAGAUGAUGACUGGAGGCAAAGCAGUUAUACCCUGCAAUCUGGGCACAGGAGGACAGAGAGAGAGGAGUUUCUGUUUGUUCUAGCAGAUGCCCCUGGAAGAGAGCAGAUCAGGGCUAGAGCCAUGCAGCACAGCAGGUGGUAAAGGUCACCCCUUUCCUCUCCUGGAGCCACAGCUUUCUCUAUAGAGUUGGUACCCUGCAUCCCUGCUGGGGCUGUGCUAGUCUCAUCUCAGCAUAGAGUUGGCACCUUCUCCUAGGGGUGCCAGGAACCGCUAAAGAGACCUGGCUCUUUGAGAGGGAAUAUUUGAAAUUCCAAUUUCCAUUCACCUAGCAAAAGGAAGCAGCUGCUGUUUAGGGCUUUAUUUGACCCACCUUAAAGAUGAAUCCAUAUUACUCUGGACACUAGCCAUUCCUUAGGAUCUUAGGGUCACCGUUUUAUUCCUGAAUACUCUAUGCCCCCACCUCCACCUGAGCCCUCGUAUUCUGUUCCUUAUUAUAUUACCAACUUCUUUGUUUUAUCCACCUGUCCCUAUUACCUGACCUUCUGUCUUCCCAAUCCCCCAUCCUUGGAGGGACAUGUAGCCCUGUAGUGUUGGUCUUGACCACAACAUUCAGGCUAACCCACCUGCCCAGAUUGUCCCUCUGCCCUCAAACUUUUGGCCUAGAAUUCGAGGCUGCCAACAUAACAAUUGCUCUUCUGAACAGAUGGAGUCAGGCACACUAACAUACCCUCCUGUCCUCAGCAGCAGAGCCAUUACUGCCACUCGCUCAGUCGCCGUUGUAAACCCUGAGAGUCAGCUGAACUAUUUUAGGGCCAAACAUACUGUUUUUGUAAAGUAUUUUUCAUUAAUAAAUCUAUAAGAUAGUUCUAUUUAAUUCCUUGUCACUUAAUUGUCUAUUUAAUCCCUUUUGUAUGCUCUUGCUCUUUUGUAUUGGGGUGGGGAAGCCUGGAGAAGCAAGAAAUACCAAUUCCCAGAGGCCUGGGGCUCUGUAUAUGGCUUUUGACUGAGUGAAAGUGAGCAGCCAAAGAGGAAUUGAAGGAUAGUUGAAGGGUAUAUAUUCAAGGUAGGAGUCAAUGGGUCCUAAUAUGGAGUGACUUUCCUUGUUAUUAUUGCCACUAGUAUAUUUUCUAUCCCUUUCCUGCCAAGAGGCACUCAACACAUUACACACUUUCUCCUUCCCUCCUUAGGGAGAUUUUCUGGGGAUUCAAACUCCUCUUACAAACUCACUCCUGAUCUAGGUACUCUUGGUGCCCUCCCUCUACAAGUUUGUGAUGCGCCUCGUAUCCUUUCCUUGCUCUCUUCCCAUGGCUGCCCCUCCCCUUCCCCUGUGGAAUUAUUGCACUUCCAUGCCAGAAAGAUCCAUUUUCACCCCUGCCUCACUCCCCAAUUCACCUCCCUCUAAAAAAUAUUUUGUGAGUUCCCUUUGCAAAGAAUACCCAUCGGGCAUUUCUCUUCUGUUUUACCCCAGCUCUCAUGAUCACUGAGAUUGACGAAAUGAAGAGGUAGAGAGGUGCUCUUUGAGACCUUUGAACAACUGCUUAUCUAAUUAUCUCCAUCUAUUAUGAACAGAUUCUGAGCACAUGUAGUAUUGAGCAGGAGGAUGUGCAGGCAUUUCUCACCCUAUGCUACUUGAAUCCUAUGCCAUCAAGAUAUAUAGAUCUUAGUGGAUAUGCUGGUCUCUGUUCAUGAUCCAGUACCUUUCCUGGUGUCAUACACACUUCAAUAAUUAUUGAUUGAACAGUCAGUUCUUUUUUUUUAAAAUUUAUUUUUGGCUGCACUGGGUCUUUGCUGCGCAUGGGCUUACUCUAGUUGUGGCGAGCGGGGGCUACUCUUCGUUGUGGUGCACGGGCUUCUCAUUGCGGUGGCUUCUCUUGUUGCGGAGCACAGGCUCUAGGUGCGUGGGCUUCAGUAGUUGUGGCUCUCGGGCUCAGUAGUUGCGGCAUGCAGGCUCUAGAGCACAGGCUCAGUAGUUGUGGCGCACAGGCUUAAUUGCUCCACAGCACGUGGGAUCUUCCCAGACCAGGGCUCGAACCCGUGUCCCCUGCAUUAGCAGGCAGAUUCUUAACCAUUGUGCCAGCAGGGAAGUCCCGAACAGUCAGUUCUUGUCCCACUACUCCGUUCCCCAUGAAUGUCCGUCUCUAUAAAGUUUCCAUAGAAAACCUGGGCCCACAUUUCUGUAUAUGCAGAGAAAUAUCCUGUGAGGUAUUUCUUAUGAGGAACUAAUUUCCAGUUCCCUACUUACUCCUCUGCCUUCGGAAUCUCUGUUUUCUGAAUGAAUCAAGAGGGAGGCUGUGUCCUUUUCAGGUGAAUUCUGUACUCUUUGAACGUCUCUUGGUGUCAUCCCUUUCUUUCCUCUUACGUGUUUUGAUUCUUAACCCUUGGAGCCUAGUCUGCUCUACCUGCAUUGUUACUCUGUGCCUCCAGACUCUUGACAGUUCCAGGCUCUAAACACAAGGGUCAGUCAGAUUCUCUCUCAGACUCCAUUCUGAACUGUUGCUUUGCUCUAGAAUCUAGAAUGCUUCCUCUAUUUCUCCUUUCAGUUACCAACCAAAGUACCCGGAUUCGGUAGUCAAAUUGUUAUAUAUUUUUUCUCUAUUAGUAGGAGAUUCUUAGGUUUGAUCGUCACCCCAUCUUACUGGGAGCUCCAUAAAAGCUGGUGUCGUUUUCCCUAGCACUCAUUCACCGCAGCAACUAGAUGCAGACAGCCAUCUCUUCUCACUCUUUUGUUUCUGCCUGCCCAGAAUUUUCACCUGAUCCCUUGGCUCGUCCCGUUUCUCUCCUAGCCUCAGU